GUUAGACAUCUUUGGAAGCAUACUGGAGUUUAAGGGCACCAGUACUUAGGCGAGCAGUCAGAUUGUGCCCUCUAUUCUUUCUCUAACGAUGUCUGGGGGAAACGACACGCAACCUCUCGGUACUCUUCAGAUUUUGGACCAAAUUCCCUCUACAACACCAGGAAGUUCUACAUGCACUGAUACCCUACCACUAUCAGCCGAGGAGCCAUUUACUCUCGAGACUUUAGGACAGCUCAUCCGUGCGCACAGGCGACAAUGUAAAACGCUUAUUCUAGCUCGGGUGGAAACCGUGGAGGGGCGAAUGUUUUACUAUUCAGCCCAUCAGUUGAACAAAGUAAUAUUCAGGAAGUUUGGAAAGGAGGGAGAAUAUCUAUUCAGGCUAUAUGCGUUGAAUCCGUUAACCAACACGGAAAUUGUGGGAGAUGUCCGAUACUUUGCAGUGGAGGCACACGACGACGGAAAGGAUGACGAUCGAGAGGACGCAGACUGGAAAGGUCGUCGACAUCUUGGUCCUUCAACCACGUCGCGACGGCAGUCAUAUAGUGAAAUGCGCCGGAGCUCCAUGUCGACCUUGAUGCGAAACUCCUUGGGAAGUAGAAGGUCGUCGAUUCGCGUGGCUGAAGUCGCCGGACCAGUAGAUGCCGACCUCCAAGGAAUUGCCGCUGCCUCCACAAAGGGAAGCAUGGAUUUGAAAGUGGAAAUUUCUCGUGCGUCCCGAGGAGACCUCGCCAUCAUGCAGACUUUGGAUCGUCUGCGUGAAGAACGGGAGCGAAAGGUUGAACAGGACGCUUUGACCAAACGAUUGAAGAUGCAGUUAAAGGACCGCAGAGAAAAGGUCAAACAGAAGGCGGAGCAAAAAGGAGACGGGGACGGCAGGGCGACAGGGAAUCUCCAAAGUUUAAGGUCUGCCAGCUUGGAGAAUUUGAAGCUUCCUGACAAGGAGGUACGAUUGAAAAGUGCACCCGACCUUUCUCGGAUGGCGUCCUAUGUGGCCGAUUUGCCAGUUUCCAUGAACGACCUUCAUACAUCACUUUCUGUGACAUCUUUAUCAUCUGUUGGUCAACGAGAUAGCAGCUGUGACCAAUCUAGCUCGCCCGCUCAACGGCACCUUGCACUUGGUGCAAGCAAUGAGGAGAGAAAAUUCGUCUCCACUCCUGAUGGGUUGAAUGCUGGAUCUCUACAGGUCCCUUCUUCAGGACUCACGGGUCGACGUCUAUCGUCACCGAACGAAUUGAACACGUUUCUUUCCACCGCUCUCAGAAGGGGGAGUACUGGCGGCACCCCAGAUACUCCGACAUUUAAGUUGAUCAUUCGCCCAAAGACCAUGGAAAGCGUCCGCAAAUCUGAUGACGCCUUGACUGGACAGGUACCAAGUCCCGUGGAGUCUAGACGGAAGCCUUCCAUUGUCUCCACGUCAGGAGACAUGCUGAAUAGAUAUAGUGCAUCAAAAAGAGUGGAGUUUCUCUCACCUCAUCAGCAGCCCCCCAAAGUAGCGGACGAGGAGGAGCAACGAACAGUCCAAAGAACAUUGUCUGAACAGUCCAAAGGUCAGGAGGAUGACAUGGAAGCGUGGAAGGCGGAGCUGCAAAAUGUCAAAUCAGCAUCACACGAGAGCGUUACCGGAGAGGAUCAAGCAAAGGGCUGGAGACUUGCAGCACGCAAACUUUCAGCGUCCCUUGGCAAUGGACUGGAUGGAAUGAAUAGGCUACGUUCUCGAUCAGUUGGACAUGUAAACAGGGACUCCCAGCAUCGGGGGAGCAUUGGAGAUUUUGUGCGAAGCAGUAGGAGUAAUCGAAGGAGCAAAAGUGGAAAAGGCGGCCUGAGUCCAUCAACCGCUGAUCUACGAGACACUUAUAAAGCUGUUUUCAUUGGAACGGAUGAUGACUUUCUACAGAGAGCUUGCGUUAGGAAGAUGUUUGAGCUGAAUGCCUUGGAAACUGGUGAUGCGUCACUAUUUGAGAUACCAACGGAAGUCCUGGAAAGCGAAGGUAUCGACCUCCCAAAUGGUGUGCACGAAGAAGAAGAAGAAGGCUCCGCAGCGACUCUGGCACAGCAAGAUCCUUACCACGACAGAUACCAAGCACCAACCGUAAAUCCCGACGCAUUGGGAUCGCGACCUUGGCGUGAGUUCUUUCGAUCGGGGUCUAUCGCGCAUUUCCUGGGUGAUAGCCGCAAUAGCCUUAGCUUUGACCGCAAGAAUCUGGGACAAUCUCUGAUAAGACAUCGAACGAAGCUGUUGGCCGCAUACCUGGUUGCUGCCGGUACGUCUCUGCGCUUCUCAGGAUUGUCUUCUGCGAAUUUGUAUAUUGCAAUUGGAUUAGCGUCGGCAGUUUUUAUUGUGUUGGGAAUUUUACUGUACGUAUUACAUAGACCCAAAUCGGACGUGGAGUCCGAAGUUUAGAACUUUAUCAAUUAGCCCAUAGCUGUAGCGAGUAAUAGUUUGAUAUUUCAAGACGAUACUUUCAUUGUGCCUCUGG